AUGUCAGCGCCGGAGAAGGUUGUGCUGUUAGCUUGCGGAUCGUUUAAUCCAAUCACAAACAUGCACUUGAGAUUGUUUGAAUUAGCGAGAGAUUCAUUAAAUAAAACAGGAUUAUACAAUGUAAUAGGAGGGAUUAUAUCACCUGUUAAUGAUAAAUAUAGUAAGGAAGGAUUAGAGUCAGCUAAACAUCGAUGUGGGAUGAUUGAACAUGCUUUAAAAACUUCUAGCUGGAUCAAAUUAGAUAAAUGGGAAUGUCAACAAGAUGAGUGGUUGGUGACAGCUAAAGUGUUGGCACAUCAUAGAGAAAAAUUAGAAAAUGAACAUUUACCGCAGUACAAUCAUUCUCCUAGAAAAAAGAAAAAACGGAGAGGCAAUGAAGUUGUACCAGAAGACAAUACACCUAGAAUAAAUUUCGAAGAAGAACCAGGAGUCAGAUUAAAGUUAUUAUGUGGAGCUGAUUUAUUAGAAUCUUUUGGUAAACCAGGACUCUGGUCGCCUCAAGAUAUCGAAGAUAUUUUACAGAAUUAUGGUUUAGUUUGUGUUACAAGAUGUGGAACUGAUCCUUCCAAGUUUAUUUACGAAUCUGAUGUCUUAAGUAAAAAUCAGAACUAUAUUCAUCUAGUUACAGAAUGGAUAUUUAAUGAUAUAAGUGCUACAAAAAUAAGACGUGCAUUACGGAGAGGUGAAAGUGUAAAAUAUUUAGUACAAGAUAAUGUGAUAGAUUAUAUUAAAAAACAUCAGUUAUAUCAUGUACCAGAUAAGUAGGUAGAUCUGCCAUCUUGUAUUAUUCAGUAUGUUCAGUGUUGUAUACACACCCUUGUAUCCUAGUUGUAUUUGUCAAGCUUGGUAUUAAAGGGGUUGUAAGAGAUUUUCUAGCUUUUUAUAUGUCUAUAGGGGCCAAUUUAUGACUUCUAUUUACCUCAUGCAAAAAAAUUUUCAUCAGUUCUCCGUCUGUGCCAAUGGUUCCUAUUAUUAUAGAAAAGCUUACUCUAGUGGAUUUGCAAGAUUCACAGAUAUCUGACUGAUAAUGAAAAUGAGUGAUAUAUAGAGUUUAGAAAACCUCUUUACAUUUCCUCCACUAAAAAGUG